AUGUCGGACUUCUUCAGUAGGUACUAUGGGGUCAAGUCGGGCGUGGAACAGCAAGAAGUCUAUGAGAGUUUACUCAUCCGUUUGGAAGAAGUCACAGCGGAGUUUAUCCGGGGAAAAGCCUAUCAUAAACCAAGACACUUAAAUUUUCCACUCUUACAAAUUAGAAAAAAAAAAAGAAAAAGAAAAAGAAAACAUAUUGCAUCACGUGCCAUAAAAGAGGGUUGCACAAACCCUCUUCUUGUUUUUACACACAAGAGCGUAUCCAGAGUAAAUUCAACAACUGCUGAGAUUUUUCCAAUUUUUCAGGUCUGUGAGGAAGGAAGGGAGAAAAAAAGCAUGGAAAACAGAGUUGUAGUUCAAGAAGAGUUUUAG